AUUCUCUCUAAAUCUUUGUUUAGCUCCAACACGUCGUCCUUGCUGUCCUGCGGACGCUCAGGGGGAGAAGAUGAAUCGGCCAUCUAAAUUACAAACCGACACAUUGUUUUUAUCAGCUGUCAGUUCAUCGAUCAGAGGCUACUCCGUCAAAAAAAAAAAAGAAAAACAAGAAACUGCCGCUAGCCAACUCAACCAAUCCGGUCACGGCAGCAAAGGCAACCGUUAGGUUUUUGGUUAGCUCAGGACUCUGUGGUCGUUAGCUAUGUAAUGUCAUCCUCGGGAAGGUUAGGAUGGUAAACUCUUCUGAAAUGAGGAUUUUAGCCGAUUGAGCAUUCGCCAACCGUAUCUACAUGUACCAGCUGGAGUUUUAAUCAGCAGUUCAUGGGGUUAAGAGCCAUUACUCUAUUUAAAGGUUUGCCAGACUUACGGUGCGAGGGGUUUUCUUCAGAAAGUUAGCCAAAUUUUUGAAAUAGGGAGUUCUCGCGAUAACUAAGGAGGAAAACGCCACGCGUAGCGCAUUCUCAAUUUAAACAGGGACGAUUGAACUUCCCAUGAUUGUCAGGAUGAUUUUCACACAACGUACUUAUUAUAUAAACCCAUUGUAUAAUAACCUGCUAGUAUUUAGAGCUAGGAAACUAUGUAUUGGUUAGAAUUUGGAAUUGUAUUAGCUGGUUCUCUCUCCUCACAAGAAGACCUGGUGAAGCUGGUCAGGCUGUUUACCCCUUUUUAAAGUCCAAAAUUGAGUCUCACCAACUGUACUCCGUGAUAACACAGGAAAGGGCAACUACUGGACACUUGACCCAAACUGUGAAAAGGUGUUUGACAACGGAAACUUCCGCCGCAAAAGAAAGAGGAAGUCGGGUUCUCUCCUCUGGAGGUGACGGCGGUUCAGGGGCUCCAGAGUCAGGUGACAGCGAGAGGUUGCGGCCCCAAUCCUCUCCCCAGUCGGUCCAGUGGGCCCAGUGGGUCCAGUGGGCAUUUCUACCCUGCCCUAGGCUCGACUGGGAUCAUCUACCAUCGCGAGGGCACAGAGGUUUAAUAAGACAUUAAGGGAAGGGGGGGGGCUCUUAACAGCGAAAGGGACCUGUCUGGUUACUUUUGUUUUUAGAGAGGUUGUGUUGUGAAAGACAAUACACACACGCACACACAAACGCACAGAGUGUGUUUGGGCCGACCGAGACAGCUGAGAUCACUAUAGCGUGUGACAGCAGGGUAAAAAGGCCAGACAGGAGACCGACACUGAGACAGAUUUACCAGCACGUCGCCGACAACUUCCCCUCCUACAACAAGAGUAAAGCGGGCUGGCACUAUUCCAUCAGAUUAUAACGCCAAUUGAAUGUGCUGUUGUUUCUUUGGUAUGUUGCAUAUCGUAAAGCUGUUUACUCGUUUUAUAGCCUGCUAGAAUUUAGAGAUAGGAGACACUGCAUUGGUAAGAAUUUUGAUUAUUAUCAAAAAUUAUCAUUUAAGCCAUCAGUUUUCAAUUGGAGAACCUGGGAAAUACUGGAAAAAUAUUAGCUUACGUAAAUAUAUAUAAGUUAAACAGUCCCCUACAUUUACAGAGACUACAUUUGAAUUGGCUAAAUAAUAUCAAAAUACAAUUUAUUCCCAAUUAAACUGCAUAGGCUGUGCCACUGCAGUGCUGUUUUUAGCCUAUUAUUCCAGUUGGAUUCUCCUGCUUUUAUAAUAUUUCUCCGGCUAAACCUGGUUUAAAGAUGCCAUAACAAUAGUACUGUUGCUUUGUUUAUCAUAAUUAUUAAUAAUAAUUAUGACCUCUAAAUGCUUGUUUUGACCAACCAGUAGUCCAACACCCCAAAAACAUUAAGUUUACUAUCAUAAGGCAAAGACAAGUAAUAAAUCCUAACAUUUUAGAAGCUGGAACCAGUAAACGUUUGGCAUUUUUGCUUGAAAAAUGACGGUAAAGAAUAAUCCAAUAUCAAAAUAGUUUCAGAUUUUUUUUUAUCGACUGACUAAUCGACAAAUUGAAUGAUCAUUGUAGUGCUCAUUAAUUGUUACAUACUAUAUAUAUCCAAAAUAAAUAAAUAAUUACUGUAGGAGAGGUUGUUCAUCUUCAUAGUGACUAAGCUGUCAAUUACUGCAGGGCUAACAUGCAGGAGGGAAAAAUAACUCAAAUUUCUAAUCUGAAUAGACCCCACAAAUAUAUACUUCAUUUAAGUCUCUUUAAAUUGGAUUCAUAAUCAUCAAAAACAUUGUGACUGAACUCAGCUAAUGUUGGAGUAACAGCGUGAGUGGAAAAUUAUAUGAUUGAGGGUGAACAAAAUCCGUGAAGGAACUGAACUAGCUGACAGCAGGAAAAAAAAUGAGAGCGAAAACAGGAUCAGGCUGCUCACCUGGGAAAACAACCAAUCAAAAGAGACAGGGGGCGUUUCAAGGGAAACAGAUAAAGCCGGUAUUACAGGUGACAUCUUGACAUAAACCAAGGGCAAACAGACAAGAGAGGGGUGGAGAACAGGGGCCUACAACUUGGAAGUUUAGAGACCAUCGUUUGGAUCGUCUCACAUUCAAAUACCUGCAAAGGACUGAACAAGAAAAGCUCUUUCAGGGGCUGAAAAAAUCUUCACAAAAAGGGUUUGGUAUCAAAAGGAAGGACAACCAAAGCCAAGGGUUUCAGAAGAGACACUGAGAGGUGAGAAGAAAAUGUCUUCAUUUGAGGCCCAGGGCCAGUCUCCUCCUCGAUGUGGCCCGCAGUUCCCCAGCCUCGGCCAGGAGCCCCCUGAGCUCAGCAUGUACAGUGAUUGUUACUACCCUCCUCCCUCACUGCCAAGCCCUCAGCGCACCACUCCGACCUCCUACGACCUGAGCGACUACACCACCUCCUCCCCAAACCCUUACCUCUGGUUCAACGGCUCCGGAAUCAACACACCGCCGUACCUGGCUACCACCGGUCCAUCUGGAAACCCCGGCCCUCCCUUUGUCCCUCAGCACUACGGCAUGCAGAGGUCUUACCUGGGUCCAGCUGGAGCUGGGGGCCCAGGAGGGGAGCUGAGCUGGUUCUCUCUGCCCUCACAAGAAGACCUGAUGAAACUGGUCAGGCCCCCUUACUCCUACUCCGCUCUCAUUGCCAUGGCUAUCCACGGGGCGCCAGACAGGAGACUGACACUGAGUCAGAUUUACCAGUACGUCGCCGACAACUUCCCUUUCUACAACAAGAGUAAAGCGGGCUGGCAGAAUUCCAUCAGACACAACCUGUCGCUCAACGAUUGCUUCAAAAAAGUCCCCAGAGAUGAGGACGAUCCAGGAAAGGGCAACUACUGGACACUUGACCCAAACUGUGAAAAGAUGUUUGACAACGGAAACUUCCGCCGCAAAAGAAAGAGGAAGUCGGAUUCCCUCUCUGGUGGUGACGGCGGCUCAGGGGCUCCAGAGUCAGGUGACAGCGAGAGGGGAAGCCCCAAACACUCUGGAAACCCUGCCCUUAACAUCUCCCCCACACCAGACAGGAUCCCCUCCCCUUCAUCAUCGGGCCCCGCACCGUGUCUGAGCAGCUUCUUGUCUGAGAUGUCUGGAGUGACCUCUGGAGCAGCUAAUGAGGUGGGAGGCGAUGGGUUAAGCCGGCCACUGCAGAUUAACCUUCCUUUAGAUGGGCCACAUAGACCCACACAGCCUGGAAGCUUUAGUAGCUACUCCCCCAACUCAGCUGGCCCAGAGUGGGUACCACAAGUGCCAGCUCCCCCUGUGCUCUCCUCUUCACCCACCAGCUCUUCCUUAGGGUACACUAGCCCUAUCCUCAGCCAGUACAGUGGGUCCAGUGGGCAUUUCUACCCUGCACUGGGCUCGACAGGGAUCAUCUAUCAUCGCGAGGGCACAGAGGUUUAAUGAGACCUGGGGGAUGGGGGGUUGAAAUGUACCUGUCUGGUUACUUUUGUUUUUAGAGAGGUUGUGUCGUGAAAGACAAUACACACACGCACACACAAACACACAGAGCAUGUUUGCGCUGACUGAGACAGCUGAGAUCACUAUAGCGUGUGACAGCAGAGUAAAAAGGCUUUGAUUCCCACAGGAACAGCUGAGUCAGCCGCAGUGGACUACAACUGUCACUCCCUAAAAGCACAUUCAGCCUCAGUAUCAGAUCCUCAGUCAGCUUUUAUUCUAUCUAAAGCUAGCCUCUAUCAGAUCUGACUCAUUAUUAAAGGAUCAUAGAUUUGAUCUGCUGACAUCAGGACAUUCCACACUGCUAUCUGUGAUUCGUUGAUGGUAUCACACAUACAACGCUCAGACAGCACAUUUAGAGGAGUAGUUAAAUUACAACAGUGUCUACAUAUGUGUAGUCUCUGGCUUUAUAUAGUCAAAAGGUAAAAGGUAGACUGGUUUUACUGCUAAGUUAAAAUAUCUGAUGAACAAACAGUCUUGGAGUUUGAUAUACAAGUGGUAACUGUACUUUGUAAAUAUGUCUAUAUGUUGUGUAAUGUCAUACAUUUAUAUCGUUGGUCUGUUGGUGCGACUUACUGUACAAUAUGGUUUUUCGAUGCAUGGAAUAUGCUGUUUCUGUUGUGUUU